AAAUAAAACACAAUGGAAUCAAUGGAAUAUGAGAUGGCUAGAAAUAUGACACUAUUAUUCUUUUUAGAAAGAUUAUUAGAUAAAGGUGAACCAAGAACAGUACAUGAUUUAUCAUGUCAAUUUGGUGCAAAAGGUUUUACCAAAGAAAUGAGACAAAUAGCUGGUGGUAGUCAAUCAGGUUUAAAAAAAUUUCUUGGUCAAUAUCCGGCAUUAUUUCAAAUUAGUGGUGAUUAUGUUCAAGUAAAUUGUUAUCAAGCUGCAAAUCCAAAUGAUCCAACUGGUGUUUAUGGUGGUAGAAGAGAUUAUAUACAAGAAGCAAAAGAUUAUUUUAAACAUAAAAUGCGUCAAUAUGGUAUUGGAACCGAAGUUCCAAUAAGAAGUUUAUUAGGACAUCGUAGUCAAGCAUCACCACAAGUACGUCAUAUAUCUGGUCAACAUAUUAGAGAAUUUACUGAAUUUCUUGUUAAACAUCCAGAUACAUUUAAAGUAAUUGAUGAUCAUGUUGUAUUAGUUGGUUGCGAUGAUUUAGAAGAAUUACCACCAUCAGAACGUUUACAUUUACCACAAACAACAAUUGAUACAGAAGCUACACAACAGUUAUUAGAUUUUUUUGCUCAAUGUAUACAAGUAAAAGGUCCGGUACUAGUCGAUCAAUUAUUUCAUUUGGUAACAUCAAAAUUUCCACAAGAACAAUGGUUUAAAAUGUUUAAAACACCAAAUGAUUUAACAACAUUUUUACGUAUUUUUUCUGAUUGUUUUCAUAUACAAGCGAAUCUAGUCACAUUAUUGCAAAAACCAAAAUUAUCUGAUUCUCAUAUACAACAGGCUCAAGCAAAAUCUCGUGAACAAUAUAAUGCUAUUAAUAAUAAAUUAAAUAAUAAUAAUAUUUCAUCAAAUAAUAAUAUAAAUAAUAAUUGUAAUAAUGUUAAUAAUCAACAAAAUAAUAAAAUACAACAGCAGAUUGGAAAUUAUAAGGAUAAUAGUGGUAAUAACAAUAAUGCUGGUAACACUAAUAAUAAUGUUGUAACACCUGACUUCAAAAUAAAUGAACCAGUUUCUAAUAUUUCAUCAAAUAUAAGUGGAAAUCAACAAUAUAAUAAUAAGAGUGAACCGAAUAGCGGUUUCGACAGUUAUAUUUCUCCUUUAGAUUUUAAAAUGGAAAAUUUAUGUGAAAGGAAUUGUCCCAGCCCAUCGAUUAGUUCAUAUUAUAAUAAUCAAAAUCAACAGCAACAAAAUCAACAGCAAACUCUUAAUAAUGCAAUAAAUCAACAACAACAAACGGUAACAACUCCAAUACCACAUGGGGCACCAGAACGUAUGAAAAAUCAAACAUUAAAACAACGAAUUAAUAGUUUAGUUAUGAAAACUUUAGCCGAAAAUCUUGAAAAAGAUAAACAUAUUAUGAUGGUACAGAAUGCAUGUAGCGGCGGUGGUCAAUCUCCAUUACAAAAUUCAAGCCCAGUUCAUAAUGCUAAUUCCACAAAUAGCGGAAAUUCUUUAAUAAAUACAACAAAUAAUUUCUUUGUUGGUGAUACAUGGAAAAUUAGAAUAUUUCAGAGUACACGAGUUAUAUCAACAAUUAGAGAAAGUAUAUUUGUCACAGAAGCUAUAAUGAAAUUUGCUGAAAAUGAUAAACAGGUUGUGAUCUCACUUGACUGUGAAGGAAUUAAUUUAGGUAUUAAAGGUGAAAUAACUUUAAUUGAAAUUGGUACUACACAAGGUGAAGCAUUUAUAUUCGAUAUUCUAACAUGUCCACAAUUGGUACAUGAUGGUGGCCUAAAAAAAUUAUUGGAACAUGAAAAUGUUAUUAAAGUUAUUCAUGAUUGUAGAAAUGAUUCAGUAAAUUUAUUUCAGCAAUUUGGUAUUAUAUUGAAGAACGUUUUUGAUACUCAGGCUGCUCAUGCCGUUUUACAAUUUCAAGAGCAAGGAAAGCAAGUUUAUAAAGCAAAAUAUGUAUCAUUAAAUACAUUAUGUGAAAUUUAUAAUGCUCCUGUUAAUCCAAUGAAAGAUCAAUUAAGGAAUGUUUAUCGACGAGAUCAAAAGUAUUGGGCAAAACGACCAUUAACACGUGAUAUGUUAUUAUAUGCUGCGGGUGAUGUUUUAGUUUUGAUUAAUGAUCAAUUAUAUGCAAAUAUGGCCAAACUUAUUAAACCGGAAUAUCGACAACUUUUCUCUGAAUUGUGUACAGAACAAAUAUUAAUGUUAAUUAAACCAAACGAAGUUAAAAUUCGUAAGAAACAACGUAAGGUUGCCACAGAAGUUUCUGAUUUAAAACAAAAAUUGUCACAAACUAGUAAAAGUAUAGUACUAAGUAAUAGGGAAAUUAGAUUAUUAAGAUAUAUGGAUUUGACUGAAGACGAAAAAGAACGCUUAAAAGGUUUCUAUAAGGUAGCUAAAAAAUUAGAAAAAAUGGAUGGUGGAGGUGGUAAUCAAGAUAAAGAUGGUAGUGAUUCUGAUGAUGAACAAGAACAAACAGAACCAGAUAAUUUUCCAAGUUUGGAUAGUGUGCCAUCAGAUAAUUCAUUAGGUGGUAAUUUUUCACCAAGAAAUUCUGAACCACCAAGUUUAAUUGAAUCAAUGCAAUUAUUGGAUGAGAUAUUAGUCGAUACAACAAUGGAUCGUAUGGAACGUAUAGAUAAAUUAGAAGCUAUAUUAUCAGCUGCAACACAACUUGAGGAUCAGGAAUAUCCUUCUGAUCAAUAUGAUGCAAAAGCAGAAACUAUACAGAAUGCUAAAGAGAAGGCAAGAAACUUAAAAAAUUGCAAUUGUAAUUGUCAUAAUGCAAUUAAUCGACGUACACCACCAAUUAUUGUAAAAAAGCAGGAAGUAGCGUCACAAACAUUAAGUACUGGUGAUAUUACAAUUAUUAAAGUGCAUUUCGAUGAUGAAAAAACAAAAUCACAGGAAAAAGUUCUUGCUUCGUCACCAAGACGUUAAUAAUUUGUAUAAUAUACAAAUAAAACGAUGAAAUUAAAAUUAAAUAUCAAUAUUUCGUUAAAUGGAAUUAAAUUCCUAGAAAUAUUCGAAUACUUUAAUUAUAAAAAAAAAAAAAACAAAAAAUUGUAAAAUAAACAUAAAGAAAAUUUUUGUUUUUUUAACAUUUAGAACAAUUUAAUCAAAUAUAUCUGACCAAUAUUUUCAUUAAAUCUCAAAAAAAAAAACAUAUCCCAGUUCGAUCUAUUUAUGUAUUAACGUAAAUGAAA